UAUUUCCAUGGAAAGAUGUGAGCCCUGAAGUUCUCAGCACUGAGAAUCAGAUCACAAAUUCCCACAGUGUCGACUGAAGAAACCAGACGCCGUUUUUGCCAUCAUGGAACUUCUGUGGAUUGUUCUCGUGGUUUUUAAUAUUGUCUUUCUGACAGAAGCUGCUCGAGGUCCGCCGCGCGUCUCGGAGAAGGUGGUGCACAGACAGACGGUACGGAUCGGACGCACCAUGAAGCUGCCGUGUCCGGUGGAGGGCGACCCGCCGCCUCUCAUCAUGUGGACCAAAGACGGGCGCAACAUCCACAGCGGCUGGAUGCGUUUCAGGGUCCAGCAGCACGCCCUGCGCAUCAAAGAGGUGGAGGCGGAGGACGCCGGGACGUUCGUCUGCAAGGCCACCAACGGCUUCGGCAGCGUCAACAUCAACUACACCCUCAUCGUCAUCGAUGACUCGAGUUCAGGGAGGGACGGUGCCAGAGCAGCGGGGGACGCCGACUUCUCCACUGACCUGUCAGGAAAACUGGUGCGUCCCCGCUUCACCCAGCCGGCCAAGAUGAGGAAGCGGGUGAUAGCUCGGCCCGUGGGCAGUUCGGUGAGGCUGAAGUGCACGGCCAGCGGGAACCCCAGACCCGACAUCGUGUGGCUGAAGGACAGCAGGCCGCUCCCGCCCGAGCAGGUGGGCGAGGGGCGCAAGAAGAAGUGGACGCUGAGCUUGAGGAACCUCACGCCCGAGCACAGCGGGAAGUACACCUGUCACGUCUCGAACCGAGCCGGAGAGAUCAACGCCACCUACAAAGUGGAAGUGAUCCAGCGCACCAACUCGAAGCCCAUCCUGACUGGCACCCAUCCAGUAAACACCACCGUGGAUUACGGUGGCACCACGUCCUUCCAGUGCAAAGUGCGCAGCGACGUCAAACCCGUCAUCCAGUGGCUGAAGCGGGUGGAGCCGGGCGACGAGAGCAAGUACAACUCCACCAUCGAGGUGGGCGAACACCGCUUCGUCGUGCUGCCCACCGGGGAGGUGUGGUCCCGACCCGACGGCUCCUACCUCAACAAGCUGCUCAUCACCCGCGCCAAGGAGGAGGAUGCCGGCAUGUACAUCUGCCUGGGUGCCAACACCAUGGGGUACAGCUUCCGCAGUGCCUUCCUCACCGUCCUGCCUGACACCAAGCCUCAGUACCCCGCGAUCGCCACCGCCUCGUCCCCCGCCCUCCCCUGGCCCGUCAUCAUCGGCAUUCCCGCCGGCGUGAUCUUCAUCCUGGGCACCAUCCUCCUGUGGUUCUGCCAGUCUAAAAAGCACUGUUCGUCAGGAGCCAUGGUCUCCGCCCAGGCUCUGCCCAACGGACACCGCCCGCCCCCGAGGGACCGCUCCCUGCCGGGGCCGGAUAAGGACUGCUCCACGGGCUCCAUGAGCUACGAGGAGUACCUGAGCCAGCAACAGCAGCAGCAGCAGCUCCUUCUGGGUCCCAAGGUAUACCCGAAAAUCUUCACGGACAUUCACACGCACACCCACUCGCACGUGGACGGCAAAGUUCACCAGCACCAGCACAUCCACUACCAGUGUUAGUGUUAGCCUCGCCAGUGCCAGCUCACAGAACUUGACCUGUUAAGCGGAAAAUGAGCGCUCGUGCCAGGCGCUGCCACAUUUCUACCAUUGAUACGAACACUUCAACGAGUCCAAGUCUUCGUCCAGGCUACUAUUUUUUACGUGUGCUGUUGCUAAGCAAUAACGAACUAAAAACAGAUUGAUGCAGUCGUUUCACACCACAGCACCAAAAACCAGCUUUUUUUAAACAAUGCACCGGAGAAAUGAAUGUACUGUGAACCACCGGUUUGUUCAUCCAGCUUUAACGCUUCACGUGGACGUGGCCGAAAAGAAGGAGCCUCAUUUGCACCAAAUCUCAGUCGUAUUUAAGUCUGCAUAUUUUAACCCUCGUAACUCGUCGCAUGGGAGUCUAUACGUACACGUACUUCUGUACUAUAUUUUGCAUUUCAAAGAACAAUGAAUGGACUUUUGUAUUCGGUACAUGGAUGUCGCCAUAUCUAUGGAUGUCUGGCUAGUAGUCUGAAAAUCCCAGGUUGGACUCUUGAGCAAACCCUUAAUUGCUUGGAUUGUACGCAGUUGCUUCGACUAAAAGCGUCCGCUACAGAUGUUGCAGAUGUAAACAUUAAACGUUAAUGUACUGCUCAGACAGGGCCAGACAUGAUCUUGUAAUGAGAAUCGUUUUGAACUGUUACGACUUCACGUUUCUAGUUUGAUCCCAAAAGCAGGCCCCUCAGGUAGUGGCAAAAUACGCUAGCACACCAGAGCUGGGAUUUUGAAUACGUUUCGAAUACAGACAGCUAACUGGGCUGGGCAGCCACAUGAACAACGUAAAAUUGCCGGACCAGGGUUUCUCAGACCUCUGCUGGCUGAUUGAUCAGAGUUGAGGAAUAAUGCUGAUCAGGGUGUGGCUCUCCGUGCACAAGGCUGAUCCGCAUGAACUCGCCUUUUGCAGGUGAAGAGAGUCAGUCGGUACUGCACACGUGUCGGAGGGGGCGUGUCACUUGCGAAGCUCCUCAGUCAGCAGUGCAGGGAUGUAUCAGUACAGGUGAAGCGUAACGCAAUCAGGGGAACUGGAUAUGACCGGAUUAGGGGAGAAAUUGGGGGAAAAAAUAUGAUUUACCAUUUAACUAAAUUUCCUUAAAAUCUACAUUACAGUCCAGUUCAUCUAUACAAAUCUGCCCUUUGGAUUUUAUAUAUACCUGUAUAUAUAUUAUUAUAUAUAUACAUAUAUUUUAUAUACAUAUUAUGCAUUUUUCUCCCAUUUUCUCCCAAUUUAGUGUAGUCAAUUUGUCUUCCGCUGCUGGAGGAUCCCCGAUAUUUUGAAGUUGAGGAGGGUAUAUUGCUGCUCACGCCUCCUCCGACCCACAUGCAGCCCUUAACGGAACUUUUUUCCACCCAUGCACUAUGCACAGGCACCUCUAUCCGCCAAUCAGAGUUCUUACGCAGGGUUUGAAGACCCCGCAUAUUCCGGUCAUCCCUACCGGCCGUAGCACUGUCACUUCACAGCAAGAAGGUCCUGGGUUCGAUCCUCAGGUGUCUGUAUGGGUUUCCUUCAGGAGCUCCGGUUUCCUCCCACAGUCCAAAGACGUGCAAGUGAGGUGAAUUGGAGAUACAAAAUCAUCCAUGACUGUGUUCGACCGAGUUAAAAGCUUGAUCUGAUGAAUCUUGUGUUAGCAGUAACUACCGUUCCUGUCAUGAAUGGAGCCAAAGUGUAAAACAUGACGUUAAAAUCCUAGUGAAUAAAUAUUGAUUUACUUAUUUUAUUUUUAUGCCACUUAAUAUAGUACGCAGACACGGGAAGAACAUGCAAACUCUGCACAGAAAAAGGACCCGGACUGCCCCGCCUGGGGAUCGAACCCAGGACCUUCUCGCUGUGAGGCGACAGUGCUACCCACCAAGCCACCGUGCCGCCCUAUGCUUAAGUCCCUAAUAAAUAAAUAAAUAACAUUGCAUUGGAUUGGAUCAUAAACUGACUGUUCCGACGCUAAUCAUUCAUCGUUCUCGCUCGCUUUCCAGCCGGAUUCCUCAGAUAUUAUUCUGUUUUCAUUACGAGAUCAUGUCUGACUCAUUUGCAGAAUCUAGUAUCGACUUCAAUAACACCAAAAAAAGUCAACAAGUGAGAGCUAUGAAAGGCGCCGGUCCCUGAGUGACUUUGAAUCUCACUCAGGGAGUCCACACAAAUAUAAUUAGCCGUGCUAUAAUGAUUUGAUCCCACUGUUGCUGCGAUGUGCGAUCUCCAAGACUGAUCUAGAUGUCUGCGUGGGGGUGGAGGGUCACAUAGGGUUUAGCGUGGCUCUCCAUAUGCGAUACAGCUCUGUGAGGGAACCCAACGCUGGCAGGUGAUUAAAAAGCUGAAAGGCGCCGGUCCCAAUUUCCUGCCUCUCUCAGACGGUUCUUAUUCUUUUGCCUUUUCGCCUCUGGGCGGACGUGUUUAUCUUGACCACUAAUAAUGGAGACUGUGUGAAUGCCUUCGACUGCUCGAUACCAGCGGCUCUUCUGCUCCUGAAUGGAUCUUUGGUACCUGGACUGAAAUUGUGAGGUGUGAGAACACAGAACUCAGCCCGGCAUCUUCUGUGAUUAACCAAACCGUCUCGGUAACGUGCUUCAACACUGCCAAGCUUCCGAUCCGUAAGAAUGCACUUAGCCCUAGUGAGAAUUUGUAGGAUGAAGGUCAUGUUAGCAUGUUAGCAAUAACCCAGACUGCAAAACUUAGCGUUUCUAUAAGUAGUUUAUUUAUUUAAUAGCAAUAUUUCCACCCUGAAUUGGGCCUUACGUUAAAUGUUUUAAAACCAAAAGAUAAUAUUACUUUUGAAUAUUGUUUUCUAGCCUCGUUGUAAGCUAUGUAGCAUAUUAUGAUAUCACGUGUAAAAUAUUUAUGUGUGCAGGUUUAAGAAGUUAGUAAUUAGUUAUCUUCAUCCUUGUACGGACAAUCUUGUACAGUCUGGCCUCAUUUCUACGUUCGGUUCAUUUUGUUCGCCGCGUUGAAACAUUUAAAAUCAUUUUAUCGUCGCUAAUAAAAUGAGAAAUCGUA